AUGACAUCGUGUGGGUGUACGCUCCGCCCCUGGCGGCAGGUCUUAUUGGAGCAAAUUCACGAGUGUCACAGUCAACCUCGGUGGUGUCGUUUGCCUUCAUUCCGGCUUCUAGAGCAGUGGAUGCUCGGUCAUCUUGCAGACCAUUGCCUUAGAUUAUUAACCCAGGAUCUGUCACAGAUUAAACUCAGGAAGGCUCGGCUUGAGAAUGAGCAAACUUAUUUUCGUCAUCUUAUGUCUACCAUCUUUGGUUGUGGGUGCGCCACACAACCUCAACGACGAAAAGAACAAGAGUUUCUGGUUGAACAAAGGCAAAGAAGAGCUGCGGUUGAACAGGCUACAACAGAUAAAUACAAAUAAGGCGAAAAAUGUCAUCAUAUUCAUCGGCGAUGGCAUGGGCUUGUCAACCAUCACAGCAUCCAGGAUUUACAAAGGACAAACGCAAGGUAACCCUGGAGAAGAGACUGUACUCAACAUGGAGACUCUUCCGUAUGCUGCAUUUUCUAAGACGUACUCAGCAGACAGACAGGUUGCCGACUCUGCUACCACGGCGACCGCCAUCCUCAGUGGGGUGAAGAUCAACGAUGGCACCAUUGGGGUGGACGGUCGAGCCGUCCGCGAAAGCUGCAGUUCGCUGGCUAACCCGGAUGUUAAAGUUUCCACCAUCUUGGACUGGUUUAUUGAAGACGGUCGGUCCGUGGGCUUUGUGACGACAGCACGCGUGACCCACGCGACCCCAGCGGCAUCUUACGCGCACGUCGCUGACAGAGAGUGGGAGACUGACGCCCUCUUGCCCUCUGACCCUGCCUGUGCUGCCAAUGGCAUCAAGGACAUCGCUGCUCAGCUGGUCGACGAAAAUCCAGCCAUUAAGGUUAUUCUUGGCGGAGGCCGAAGAGCUUUCUUCAAUAAGACUCAAGUUGACCCGGAUACUGGCAAGGCCAACAACUCCAACAAUCGCGUGGAUGGGCGAGACCUUACACAGGUGUGGCUCACAAGGAGGCAACAAGAAGGGCACAGGGCUCGCUACGUGUGGAACUACACUCAGUUCACCUCAGUCGCACCGGACGACGUGGAUUUUCUGCUGGGUUUGUUCAACCCAAGCCACAUGCAGUACGAAACAGACAGAGACCCUCAGAAGGAACCUUCCAUUGCUGAGAUGACAGAAAAGGCAAUCCGUGUUCUGCAAAAAGAUCCCAACGGAUUCUUUCUGCUUGUGGAAGGAGGUCGGAUUGAUCAUGCGCAUCACGACUGUCUGGGUAAGCGCGCCCUCGUGGAGACCGUUGCCUUUGACAACGCCGUUCGGGUGGCUAUGGACCACAAAGAAGAAGACACUUUGCUGAUUGUAACAGCUGACCACUCACACGUCUUUACCAUCGCAGGAUACUCUAAGCGUGGCAAUGAUAUAUUGGGCUUCGUGGACCCCAUUGACCCUGGCCAAGACCCACUCGACAACAUGCCCUUCCUGACCUUGUCCUAUGCUAACGGCCCAGGGCCUUCGCGCGGUAAUUUGACUGGAGUGAACACGACCGCCAACGACUUCCGGCAGGAGGUCAUGGUUCGAACCCAGCCUGACUUCGAGACUCACGGCGGGGAGGACGUGGCGAUCUUCGCUUCCGGUCCCAUGUCCUUCCUGUUCCGGGGAAUGCACGAGCAGUCCUACAUCGCGCAGGUCAUGGGCUUCGCCGCGUGCGUGGGGCCUGACAAGUCGCACUGCACGGAGAAUACGGGGAACUACUGCAAGCAGACUACUUCCGGUGCAGGGCACUCUGGGCUGCAGUGGUCGUCAGUUGUUGCAACAGCUGCUAGUGUGCUGCUGAGCGCAAGACUUUGGCGAGAUGUUCUAACCAACUGACGUACGCUCUUACAAGAACACGGUGCAAAGAGGAUGUGUUGGUAGUUUGUUUUAUUAUCAAUGUUAAUGGUUACUGUUAUUCACAUCUUUUUGUUUUCCUUUCAACAAUCAUAUUAUCUGUAAUAGUUUACACAGACGAUAUACCUAUUGUAUGUGACUAGAAAGCCACACUAAGUAUAGAAAUAGAAGUAGGUUUGUUCCAAUAUUUGUGUAUAAUUGAGUUCGUUUGAGUGAACAUUGACAAACUAAAGAUAUAUAAAUUUAAAAUCAAACAUGUAAGUGUAAGAAAUGUAAUAUGUACUAUUAUACUAUAUAUUGCAAUAAAUUUAUAUCGAGG